AUCGAUAUGGCGAGUGAGUAUUAUAACAGACUUUUCGACUUGUCGAGUAUGAGCAUCUCUGACACAGUGAUAGCGGCCCCACGGAAACCGGCAUGAACCGACUAUGCCUGACAGAUGACGACGCCCGAGUCCGCCGGUGGCUGCUGGACGAAGCCGAGAAGCUUGGCUGCACCAUCACCAUCGACCAGAUGGGCAACAUGUUCGCACGACAACGUGGGGCUCUCAACUCCUCGGCGCCCAUGACAGCAAUGGGCAGUCACCUCGACACGCAACCGCGCGGGGGUCGGUACGACGGCAUUCUGGGCGUCAUCGCCGCGUUAGAGGUGCUGCGCACGAUGAAAGACCACGGCUACCAGACCCAAUUAGACGUCGGACUGGUGAACUGGACCAAGUGAGUACAGCACAGCACACCAAUCGAUGCCGCUCCCCACACCAUGACUAGAUCUAACGCAUCACAGCGAGGAGGGGGCCCGAUUCCCGAAAUCCAUGUGCUCCUCCGGCGUCUGGGCCGGCGAGAUCCCCAUCCAAAACGCCUGGAAACUGGCGGAUAUCUUCGACCCCGCCGUGACACUACGCUCCGAGCUGGAGCGCCACGGUUUCCUGGGCGACACCCCCUGUUCGCCCAGGGGCUACCCACUCGGGGCGCACUUCGAGCUGCACAUCGAACAGGGCCCCAUUCUGGAGGAAGCCAACCGGAAGAUCGGCGCCGUGACCGGAGCGCAGGGAUAUCGGUGGCUGACGAUCAAGGUGGCCGGCCGCGACGCACACACGGGCACGACGCCGCUCAGCGCGCGGCGCGACCCGGUCCUCGCGGCGGCGAAGAUGAUCGCGGCGUCGAACACCGUGGCCCGGCGACACGGGGCACUCGCGUCGACAGGGGUGCUGAAGCUGCCGCCGACCUCGUCCACGAACACCGUCGCCGCGGAGGUGACCUUCACGCUGGACAUCCGGCACCCGCGCGACCGCGUCGUGCACGCCGUGCAGGACGAAUGUCUGGCCGCCUUCAACGAGAUCGCCCGCGAGGACGGCAAGGGCGUCGCCUUCGAGUGGACACUGGAUACCGAUUCGCCCGCCGUGCAGUUCGAUGCCAACUGCCUGACGGCCGUCAAGGAGGCGGCGACGCAGCUCGUCGGCGCCGACGGCUGGCUGGAGAUCACCAGCGGCGCGGGCCAUGACAGCGUCUACACGAGCCGACACUGCCCCACGGCCAUGAUCUUCGUGCCCUGUAAGGAGGGCGUCAGCCAUCAUCCGGAGGAGUACUGCAAACCUGAGGACUGUGCCCUGGGAACGCAAACGCUGCUGGAGUCAGUCGUGAACUACGAUCGCAUGAGGAGCAAGCUCGACUAGACCGCCAACUUGGGA